AUGGCAGCCAACACCAAGUACCACGCCGCGCCGACCCAGGACCCCGACGAGGGCGUCUGGUCGCAGCCUCCCCCCUCAUAUCAGAACAACGAGCCAGCCUCGAGCUCGUCCAAUCUCUUUGGCGAGCCGCGCAGCAGCGAGGACAACAUUCCCGAUGACUUCAAGUUUGGCGGCUCCGUCGCGGAGGCCACGGUCGACAUCCGCAACCAGUUUAUCCGCAAGGUCUACACCAUCCUCACGGCGCAGCUCAUCCUUACUGCCAUCGUGAGCGGCAUCUCCUUCUGGAGUGAGAGCUAUAAGAUCUGGAUCCAGUCGCACCCGGCGCUUGUCUAUGUCUCCCUCUUCGGCGCCCUCGCUUUCCUUGGCCUUACUUUCUGGAAGCGCAAGUCUUAUCCGACCAAUCUGCUCUUCCUGACCGGCUUCACCCUCCUCGAGGCCUACUCCAUCUCCGUCAUCGUCUCCCUCUACGACUCCAAGAUUGUGCUCAACGCCGUGUUCCUCACGGGCGGCAUCUUCGUCUUCCUCACCCUGUUCGCCUGCCAGACCAAGUACGACUUCACGUCGUGGAUGCCCUACCUCUUCGGCGCCCUCUGGGGCCUGGUCCUCUUCGGCUUCAUGUUCAUGUUCCUCCCCUACAGCAGCACCGGCGAGCUCAUCUACGGCGGCGUCUCGGCCCUCCUCUUCUCCGCCUACAUCCUCGUCGACACCCAGAUGGUCCUCCGCAAGCACCACGUCGAGGAGGAGAUCGCCGCUGCCAUCAGCCUCUACCUCGACAUCAUCAACCUGUUCCUCGCCAUCUUGCGCAUCCUCAACAGCCAGAGUAACAACUAGGCUGGAAGACAAGAAAUACAUCGGGGAACGGCCAGAGCAUCCGAAAAACAGAAUGUGUGCCUCGGAGAAGAAAAACGAGAGAAUGCAGAACAUGUAUCAUCAGCACAGGUAACAUUGUUUAGCAAAUGGCAGUCUCUUCUUAUCAUGGGUUGCACCGGGAACGGUCACUUUGUUGACUGGGAAUCACUGGCACCACAACGGGCUUCAUCCUUGCUCAAUGGGCAAGCCGUCCUUUGUCAUUCAAAAGGCUUUGAUACGUGGCAUUCCAUGUUGCAAUUAUUUGCCUUUCUGUACAGCUAAGAAAAGCAGCGUUGCUGGGCUUAGUAGAUGUCCAAAUAAGAAUUCAUCUCAUUACUCGGCGUUGUUCACUUU